AUGGGGUUUGUUGAUGGUACGAAACCCUCACCGGCUGUUCUUCUUGCUGCCGACGCCAACACCGCCGACGCCAUGCCACGGCCGAAUCCCGCCUAUGCCGUUUGGAUGCGUCAAGAUAAAGCAUUGUUGUCCAUGCUUGUCUCCUCCCUCUCCGACGAGGGUGAUUCUUCGGUUGCGGAUUACAUCGGGCGAGCUCAGGUGAUUGUUGAAGAGCUCACCCUCGCCGGCCGCGUCGUCUCCCUCGACGAUCAGAAUCUCUUUGUUUUUCGCGGUUUGAGACCGGAAUUCUGUGCCCUCACUGCGUCUCUUGCCGUCCGUGGGCAGCCGGUCACGCUCCAGGAGUUGGCGGACUUCCUCGGUGCCCAGGAAUUUAUCGCCAGCCGUGAUUACGGCGGUGCUCCGACGGCUCUUGCUGUUCAGCGCGGUGGCGGCCGAUCAGGUCGCGGAGAUCAGAACCGUGGCGGCGGUCAACGAGCAGGCGGUGGCAAUGGCGGGUCCAAUCGUGGUGGUGGCCGUAGACAGCAAGGUGGCCGUGGGCGUGGUGGUCGCGGUCGCGGACGCAACAGUGGUGGCAAUCAGGUUCAGUGCCAGAUAUGUAGGCGGACUGGUCACGAGGCUCAUGUAUGCUAUAACCGGUAUAAUUCCUCACCUCAGGCCAAUCUAACAUAUCAAGAUAAUUCAGAUGUUGGUACUCCUUAG